AUGCCUUCUGCCGUGCCCCAACUCUACCAGUACACCCACGUCUCCGAGACGAAGGAGAACUUGGACUGGGCUGAUUUGCCUAAUGUUGACCUCUCCAAGUAUGGAACCCCCGAGGGCAACAAGGAGCUGGCAGAUCUCCUCAUCGAGGCUGUCCGCACAAAAGGCUUCUUCUACGUAACCAACUACGGCAUCUCCCAGGAGGCCGUGGAUCGUCAGUUCGCCUUUGGCCAGAAGUUCUACGAGCUUCCCCUGGAGGAGAAGAACAAGUACAUUCCCAACCUCGACGCGGGCGACUACAACGGCUACCGUCCCGCCGGUAGGCGAGAGCUCAGCGGUGGACUCAAGGACAAGACUGAAGUCUGGAACAUGGCCACCAACGACGGUCACAUCACCCAGCCUCUCCCCGAGCUCCUGGAGAAGAACAAGGCCGAGAUUGAGUCGUUCGCCAAGGACCUCCACGACAAGGUGCUCGACCCCCUGAACCACCUCAUCGCCCUGGCCCUCGAGCUCCCCGAGGACUUCUUCACCCGCCUGCACAGGUGGGAGGUCCACGAUGAGUCCCACCUACGGUACAUGAAGUACUCCAAGUUCAGCGAGGAGGAGGUGGCCAAGCUCGAGGACGGGCUCUGGUCGCGCGGACACACAGACCUGGGCACCAUCACCCUCCUCUUCCGCCAGCCCGUCGCCGCCCUCCAGAUCCGCGACCACGAGUCCGGUAAGUGGAAGUGGGCCAAGCCCCUCGACGGCAGCCUGACUGUCAACACCUGUGACGCCCUCAGCUUCCUCACAGGCGGCUACAUCAAGUCUACCGUCCACCGAGUCUCCCUCCCUCCCAAGGAUCAGCGCCACGUCGACCGUCUCGGUCUCCUGUACUUUUCCCGCCCCCAGAACGACCUCGUCCUCAAGACGGUUGACUCUCCCCUCCUGAAGCGUGAGGGCUACACCCAGAAUGAGUUCGAGGCCGGCGGCCACCACGUCCCCACAAUGGGGGAGUUCACCACCCUCAAGCAGACGUGGCAGCAGAGCAGCAAGGCCAAGACAUACCAGGAGACGGAGGGAAAGGAGAUCCUUCCCGGUUUCACUGGAAAGUACUUUGCCUAG